AUGGCUGAAAUCGCGUUGACAUCACCGCAGAACAACAACAACGAAGACGAGGAAAAGCCUCCCAUAGCUCCGCCAUAUCCAUGGGCCACCGACCGCCGCGCCGUCGUGCACUCUUUCAUCGACUUAAGGGCGAGAAGUAUCGUCAAAAUCUCGGGCGAAGUCGAGUGCAAAAACUGCGGGGUCAAAUACGACAUGGAACUCGACUCCUAUCAAACUUAUUUCAAAAUCAAAAGAUUCUUUGCAGAUAACAUUUUCGAAUUGGCCAAACGGGCCCCCAAGCGUUGGACCCAUCCGGUGGCCAUGGAGUGCCGCGGCUGCCGGAGCAAGAGCCUCCGCGCCGUCGUCGCUGAGAAGAAGAAGAACAUCAAUUGGCUGUUCCUGCUGCUGACGGAAAUGGUGGGGCUCUGCAGACUCGAUCAACUCAAGUAUUUCUGUAAGCACAACAACGUUCAUCGUACCGGCGCCAAAGAUCGACUUUUGUUCCUCGUUUAUUUGGGUCUGGGUAAGCAGUUCGAUCCUGAAGGACCUUACGAACAGUACAUGACUUAG